AUGACUUUAUCAUGUUUUAGCGAAUAAAAUAAAAUCCGCGGUGCUGGCCACAAGGGAUUUGUUUCAAUUUUAGUUAGUGUUGCAGAGUAGAGUGAGAUAAGUGACUAGUGGGUGGUGGAGAUGGAUUCAGCAACCGGAAACCCUAAUAAUUACACGCUCCAAAAAAUCCAAUCCUCACCGGCGGUAGCUGAUCCGCCGCCGCCGUCGUCAACCAAUCAUAUCUUGUCAUUUCCGAGUAGGCCUGCCCUCAGAAUUACCACCGAGUUCGACAGCGAAAGCGCAAACUUCUUCCACAAAGUUUCCUGUAAAUUUUUGGACAGUCUCGCCAAAUUGAAAUUAUCGUUUCACAACAACAGUAAAGGCGAUAUCUCCGAGCCUCAGAUCAGCUUCGUAUCGAAGCACCUUAGCCUCCACUACGACCUUGAAGACCAUAGCGCUCUCGUUAAGAGUUCCGUUGACGUUGGUCCCAGAUUCAAACUCACUGGUGCUCAUGAUGUUAAGGCUCAACAAGGAGAGGUUACAAUGGUUGCUAAUAUCGCUGACCCCGGCUAUGCACUUCAACUAUCAACACCACUUCCAUCCGCUGGAUUGCCAAAAGCAACUUUCAGAUUUCCUCUAGGUGAAGUUUCGUUACAAGAGAAAGAGGAGGAGCAGCAGGAGGAGGAACAAGUCAAGAUAAAAAAUUCCUUGUUAGUCAGCGGGAUUCUUAAAGGUCAAUUUUUGAAAGGUGUCUGCACUGCCCACUACAAGGAUGAUGAAUUGAAGUUAAGAUACCGCUACAAGGACGACGAGAUGUCAUUUCUUCCCAUACUUUCUCUCCCUUCAAAUGAUUUGUCAUUUGCCUUCAAGCGUAGGUUUGGUCUAUCCGACAAGUUAAGUUACUGGUACAAUUGUGAUUCCAACUAUUGGAGUGCUGUCUACAAGCAUACCUAUGGUGAAGAUUUCAAACUUAAAGCUGGUUAUGAUUCAGAGGUUCGCCUUGGCUGGGCAUCCCUUUGGGUUGGAGAUGAAGGUGGGAAAGCAAAAACAGCUCCAAUGAAGAUGAAAGUUCAAUUCAUGCUUCAAGUGCCACAGGAUGACAUAAAAUCUUCGGUUUUGAUGUUUCGGAUUAAGAAGAGAUGGGACAUUUAAUGGUCUCCUACCGAAAUUUCCUGCAAUUCAUAUGUCAAUUAUUAAAAAAAAAUAUGGGUAUUCUCCAAAGGUGGCAUUUGGCUAGUCGAUAUCUGCAAGUCCAUCUAAUUCCUUAGCGGUGUGGCUGGCUAGAUUGCACGAAGUUACUGUCAGAUAAUUUAACAAUAUUCAAUCCUUCAAAAUCUGUAAAGAUUGUUUUCAUCUUUGUACGCUGCUGGCGAAUUAUAGUUAUCAGAAAGAUGACGCUGAAGUUAGUUACUCUCCGUCUUGCAACACGACCUUAAAUAAAUGAUUUUUAACUUGUUUGGAUA